AUCGGAGUUAGUUUCACUUUUUCAUUUCCAAAGCUUUAGCAGAAAAGAGAAAAGUAAGCCGAAAAUAUUAAGUAAAAAAGAAAUGGUAGCUUUGUCAAUGGUUCCAUUUUUGGGCACAGUUCGAUCCACGCCUCCUUUGACGAGUUUCGCUCCAGACAGACGCCAAAUAUCAAUACAAAACUCUCCAAUUUCAUUUGCAAGGAAUGGUUUCUUUCCAUUCAGGAGGUUUCUUCAAGCUUGCCCUCAAUCUUAUUUUGCUACUGGUGGUACUAGCCAAAAGUCAUCUACAGAGCAAUCGGAGAUAAUUUUUAUAGGGACAGGAACUAGUGAAGGCAUUCCUCGCGUUAGCUGCCUAACUGACCCUUUAAAGAAGUGCCCGGUUUGCAUCAAAGCAGCAGAGCCUGGUAACAAAAACCGGAGACGUAAUACAGGCUUACUUGUCCGUUAUUCUAAGCCUUCUGGAAGAUGCAACAUUCUAAUAGAUGCUGGCAAGUUUUUCUACCACAGUGCUCUUCAAUGGUUCCCAGAAUUUGGGAUAAGAACAAUUGAUGCGGUUAUAAUUACUCAUUCUCAUGCUGAUGCAAUUGGAGGUCUUGAUGAUCUACGUGAUUGGACGAACAACGUGCAGCCAACUAUCCCGAUUUAUGCUGCAAUGCGUGAUUUUGAGGUGAUGCAAAAGACUCAUUAUUAUUUGGUGGAUACAAGUGUGAUUAUACCGGGUGCUGCAGUCUCAAAGCUGCAAUUUAAUAUCAUACGUGAAGAACCUUUCGUCGUUCAUGAUUUACAGAUUAUCCCUUUACCAGUGUGGCAUGGUCGUGGUUAUCGCUCACUAGGUUUUCGUUUCGGUGAUAUUUGUUACAUCAGUGAUGUCAGCGAUAUACCCGGAGAAACUUAUCCUCUUCUGGAAAACUGCGAAAUCCUCAUUCUGGAUGCUUUGAGGCCGGAUCGAUCUUCAUCAACUCAUUUUGGACUUCCAAGGGCUUUGGAGGAAGUACAGAAGAUUAAGCCGAAGAUGACACUCUUUACCGGCAUGAUGCAUCUGAUGGACCAUGAAAAAGUGAGUGAAUACCUUGACAACCUGAAGCAAACCGAGGGUCUCGAUGUACAACUUAGCUACGAUGGAUUGCGUAUACCGGUAACACUCUAGCUUUGUUAUAUUUUAGUUUGUGGUCGGUGAGAACUCGUUGCACCAUAAUCUGCAGGUGAAAUAUUCAAUGAGCGAACAUCACAAAACAUUUAUUCUUGGGCUGCAUUAUGCAUAUUCCCCCA